AUGCCAGGUCGGCCGCUUGGAGACUCAUGGUUCUCACUAGACAACAAAGCAAUCUCCAAGGUAAUGAAGCAAAUUGUGCAUGUCGAGCAAAGGUACAUGGCCCUUGCACUGCCUGCUUCUGGAAGUCUGUACUUCAAAAGAGAUCUCGAGAGUCACGAGAAGGCUGCGCCCAUCCCGGGUUUUUCGCAAGAUGAUACGAGCCUUGUGGUUGGUCCCAUAGCUUCCUACGCCUGGUGGUAUCGUGAGAGAGCGCUAUCGGAUGUUGAUCGUGGCCCUUGUAAGUGGAUUGUGCGUAACAACGCUGCGAUGAGUUGCUGAUUUAGACCAGGGGAGGACUUCCUGUCUUGUUUCGAAGCUGUAGCCAAGCGGGAAAUCUCCUUUUGCCAGCAGUACGGCAAGCCGCGCCACAACGUGGAGCUAUAUCUUCGGGAGCUCGACAAUCUCGAGCCGCAGUAUCCAUCUCGUCACGUCGAGCUCCUCCAGGAUUUCCUGAAACUCGCACCUUACCUCGAUGUGUCUCGCGAUAGCCGAUUUGCGCGGCCCACGCUUCGCCACCCAGAUCUUUCGCCGAACAACAUUCUAGUCAACGAUGAACUUGAAAUCACUGGUAUCAUCGACUGGCAACAUGCUACCGCCCUACCUCUGUGUCUGUGCGCCGGGAUCCCAAAGUAUUAUCAAAACUGGGGAGACCCCAUCUCCGAGUCGCUCCAAAAGCCGGAGACCAAACUCCCACCGGACUUCGAUGAUCAAGAUUCGGCCUCUCAAGAAGCCACAAAAGACAGCAUGCGGCGGCGUCUGAUCCAUUUCUACUACGCCGCAUUGACCAUGAAGAAAAACCAAGAUCAUUUCGACGCAUUUCGAAGUUACAACUUGAUGCUUCGAGCCAAGUUGUACGAUCGCGCUGGAGCGCCUUGGGAAGGCUCUUCUGCUUCUCUCGAACAAGUCUUGAUAGAAGCGCAGCGACACUGGCCCCUGAGAAUCGAGGAUUCAUCUUCUAAGGAGGCGCCAGAAUGCCCUCUUUCGUAUCCUUCUGAAAGGAUUGAAUCCUGUUUGAAAAGAGUCCAGGAGGAAGACGAAAGACUAGAAGAGCUGGACGAUAUGAGAGCAAUGCUGAAUACUGACGCCGUUGGCUGGGUCGAGGAUGAUGAGCACCUUGCACAAGCGAAUGAACUUCUGGACUCCAUGAGAACAGCAUUCCUCCAGGAGGCCAAGACCGACAUUGAGAAGAUAGCAGCGCGGGAUCACUUUCCCUUCGACGACCAUGAAGAGUGA